AUAAAUCUCUCAAAUUGUCCAAAAAAUUAAAACAAAUAAUUGGUGAAUUAAGGUUUAGGGCUUUCAUCAACGAAGCGCCCCCAUUUUCAUCGUCAUGGACCGGCGGGAGCCGGAAAAACCCGAUGUCCUUCCUUCUACUGCUUUGGCAUAUCUUGAUCGGAACUACUGGGAUAAGAGAUUCGCUCAAGAGGAACACUACGAAUGGUUCAAAGAUUAUUCACACUUCCGUCACAUUGUUCUUCAACACAUCAAACCUCAAUCUUCUGUGUUGGAGCUAGGAUGUGGAAAUUCCCAGUUGUGUGAGGAAUUAUAUAGAGAUGGCAUUACUGAAUUGACCUGCAUUGAUUUGUCCCCUAUUGCAGUGGAGAAGAUGAAACAAAGAUUGAUAAACAAGGGAUACAAAGAAAUAAAAGUGCUGGAAGCUGAUAUGCUAGACCUGCCUUUUGAAGAUGGAUGUUUUGAUGUGGUUAUAGAGAAAGGCACAAUGGAUGUCUUAUUCGUGGACAGUGGUGACCCUUGGAAUCCACACCCUGCGACAGUGGAGAAGGUGAUGAAAAUGCUUCACGAAAUUCAUAGAGUUCUGAAACCUGAGGGCAUAUUUAUAUCGAUCACAUUUGGCCAGCCACACUUCAGGCGUCGGUUCUUUAGUCAUCCUGAGUUUACCUGGUCUGUUGAGUAUAAUACUUUUGGAGAAACAUUCCACUACUUUUUCUACAUCUUGAAAAAGGCACAAAGAUCAUCAGAGAGCGAGGAGUGCGGGGAAAAAAAUCGUAUUCCAUCAAUAUCUCUAUACCAUGACGAAUUAGAGGGUGAAGACUUUUUAUUCAGAACCAACAUUGAUGAGAUGGAAAGCUAGAAGUGAAAUAUAUAUUGUGACUCCACUUAGCACCCUGUAUUGCUUUAUUUCUUUUGUUAUAGGACUCAGAUUCUACAUUAAAUGUCAUCUUUCCAUCACUAUGUUCAUUAGUUAAUUUCAUUUUUAAGAAUUUGGCUGACAGACAGAAAAUAAUUAAUUGAUAUCACUAGAGGAAAGGGUUGAACCUUCGACCUUGUGGUUAACAGCCACACGCCCUAACCAACCGUGCUACUCUAGCUUCUUGUUAUUGCCAUCGUUUGAGGAUAGUAUAACAAGUUUUAAUAUAGCAAGUUGUUACAUAAAAAUAUAGUGAGGUGUAUUAGCAGACCUACUCAAGUUGUAUUACUAUUUACCUGUUAUUCAACACAAAAUUAAGCAAAAUUACAGGUUAAUUGUUA